AUGGAACAUUAUAGAUUUGUCUAUGAUGCCGUAAUGCAGCGUAAAGUGAUCUUCGACAACAUUCUUUUACACCCAGGGAGGAAACGCUACGAAUACCUCAUACUCAAUGAUGUUAAUGUUAUGUACCGGAUCGACCGUCAGAGCAAGAAGUGUGAGAAAAUGUUUCCAGGGCCAUGGCGACCCUACGGCAUUCCACCAAUGGCCACUUUUAAAACGGAGUAUGAAAUCGGUUAUCCCGGCGAGGAUUUCACUGCACAAGAAUGGAUAUUCAAGGAAAAAGAUAGUGAUGCUGUAUUAUGGAGGGGAGUUUAUGGCCUGAAAUAUUGCUUCCCAGUCGUGGAAACAUUUUUCAAUCCCAACAACAGAUCCGAAUCCAACACAAUUAACUUCUACGAUAUAGCUUCAGGCAUUCCAGACCCUACUGUGUUUCUACCGCCCAGUGAGUGUAGAGAUGCCGUGUUGGUGCACGAAAAACCACCUGCUUAUUUCUAGAGAAAAUUUAUAAGAAGCUGAAGAUAAAUCAUUUUGUUUUUUGCAUUAGUGUCAACACAGAAGCUAGAAAAGGUCGUUUACUGUUACUGUCAAUGAGGAUAUAUAAAAAAGCAUUGCUGAAACAGAGAAUGUAAUGUCCACAUGUUGCAAACUUUUUGGAGGAUUUCCGUUAUUAUUGGAUAAGUCUUGACUUGCUUAUAUGUUUUGUCGAGUAUCACAUUGUAUUAUAUUAUCUCUGCUUCUUAUUUUCAAUAUUUUCAAUAAUUAUGUUAAUAAUAAAUAUGAAUAAACACUAUAAACAAUCACUUCUAAAUUUACUCUAUGUAUAAGCGUUCAAACUUUUUUCUUUACGAAACAAAAGAAACCAUUAUCUCUACAAGAACAGUCUUGUACUCCAUCGUGUUCUAGGAAUGAAUUCGCAUAUGACACAAUUUCUACACCAUCGGCUUAAAACUCAUAUGGUGCAAUGAAGUUGCAAUGCAGUUAUCGUUACGACCUGAAUUUGCGCGAUUUUCAUUAUUUUAGAUUACUUUGCUAUUUUGU